AUGCCGCGCGGCUACACCUCGUCGCUGCUGGCCCGGGCGCGCGCCGGCAGCUCCCCCACUCGCGGCGUGCGGGCGGCGGCGCUGAGCACCGCACCGCCCGCGCCGCCGCCGCCGCCGCUGCGCUACUCCGACGACUACCUGCGCGGGGUCCUCGGCUCGGUCGAGACCAUCGCCGUCGUCGGCGCCUCCGCGGACUGGAAGCGGCCGAGCUACUUCGCGAUGAAGUACCUGCAGCACAAGGGCUACCGCUGCGUGCCGAUCAACCCCAAGGCGGCGGCGGCGGGCGAGGAGAUCCUCGGCGAAACCGCGUACGCGUCGCUCGACGCCGCGGCGGAGGGCGCGCUCGGCGGCGCGGCCUUCGACAUGGUCGACGUCUUCCGCAACGCCGACGCGGCGCCCGCCGUCGCCGCGGACGCCGUCGCGCACGGCGCGAAGGUGCUCUGGCUCCAGCUCGGCGUGCGCCACGACGGCGCGGCCGCCGCCGCGGAGGCCGCGGGCCUGCGGGUCGUCCAGGACCGCUGCCCCAAGAUCGAAUUCGCGCGGCUCUACCGCGAGCUCGGGUGGCACGGCUUCAACUCCGGCGUGAUCUCGAGCCGGCGCGUCGAGCGCGGCGGCGGCGGCGGCGCGGCCGCGGACGGCUUCGUGUCGGCCGACGCCGGCUUCGAGACGCGCGCGGUGCACGCGGGCGCGCGCGUCGACCCGACGACGGGCGCGCGCGUGACUCCCAUCUACCAGAACACGUCGUUCGUCUUCGACGACGCGGACCACGCGGCGUCCUUGUUCAACCUCCAGACCUUCGGCAACAUCUACGGCCGGCUGUCCAACCCGACGACGGCCGUGCUCGAGGAGCGGGUCGCCGCGCUCGAGGGCGGCCGCGGCGGCACGUGCACCGCGUCGGGCCACGCGGCGCAGGUCGUCGCGUUGUUCGCGCUCAUGGCGCCGGGCGACCGCCUCGUCGCGUCGAACAAGCUCUACGGCGGCUCGAUCACGCAGCUCGGCAAGACCAUCCGCAAGUUCGGCUGGGCGUGCGACUUCGUCGACGCCGACGACCACGCCGCCGUGCGCGCCGCGCUCGCCGAGGACCCGGAGAAGACGAAGGCGCUCUGGGUCGAGUCGCUCGCGAACCCGGGCGGCGUCGUCUCCGACCUCGAGCCGCUCGGCGCGGCGGCGGCCGACGCGGGCGUGCCGUUCAUCGUCGACAACACGAUGGCGACGCCCUACCUCUGCCGCCCCGUCGACUGGGGCGCAUCGCUCGUCGUCCACUCGACGACCAAGUUCCUGUCGGGCCACGGCAACGCGCUCGGCGGCUGCGUCGUCGACGCGGGCACCUUCGACUGGUCGGCGACGCCGGGCAAGUUCCCGAGCCUCGCCGAGCCCGAGCCGGCGUACCACGGCCUCAAGUUCCACGAAAGCUUCGGCGACCUCGCCUUCACGACCUUCUCCCACGCGGUCUCGCUGCGCGACCUCGGCCCGACGAUGGCGCCGAUGAACGCCUGGCUGACGGCGCAGGGCAUCGAGACGCUCGCGGUGCGCAUGGAGCGGCACGUCGCCUCCGCGGCCGCGGUCGCCGCGUUCCUCGAGUCGCACCCGAAGGUCGCGUGGGUGUCGUACGCGGGGCUGCCCUCGUCGCGCUACCGCGGCCUCGCCGCCAAGUACCUGCCGCGCGGCGCCGGCUCCGUCUUCACCUUCGGCGUCGAGGGCGGCUACGACGCCGGCGUGCGCGUCGUCGAGCGCUGCGGCCUGCUGUCGCACCUCGCGAACAUCGGCGACACGCGCUCGCUCAUCCUGCACCCAGCAUCCACGACGCACCGCCAGCUCGCCGACGAGCAGCGCGUCGCGGCGGGCGCGGGCGACGACGUCGUGCGGCUGAGCAUCGGGCUCGAGAGCGUCGACGACAUCAUCGCCGACCUCCGCGGCGCGCUCGAAUGA